GUCCGGAAGUUCCGUGCGAGGUUUUGCUGUGCCUCCACCGGCUGGGCGAUAAAGCGAGGCCGGUGCGGGCAAAGGAAGGAGCCAUCCAAGGGCAGCAGCAGCAUGUCCCAAAACCACAAGGACCUACUUGGUCUGGGUCGCCUUGAAUACCUACAGGCCCUAGUCACUGAAUUCCAGGUGACUGAGAGCUCAGAAGCCAAGGAGCAGGUGUUGGCCAAUCUAGCUAAUUUUGCUUAUGAUCCUAAGAAUUAUGAAUAUCUCCGGCAGCUGAAAGUAUUGGACCUGUUCCUAGAUAUGCUCAGUGAGGACAAUGAAACGCUUGUGGAAUUUGCACUUGGUGGCCUUUGUAACCUCUGCCUGGACAAAAUCAACAAAGACUAUAUCUUGGAGGCAGAUGGUGUCGCAGCCGUUGUCGGUUCCCUCUCCAGCUCCAAUGAAGAGACUGUGAUGUCCGCAGUCACUACUUUAAUGUACUUGACCACCCCCCAGUCUCGCCAACAGAUCACAGCUCUUCCCGUAGUGGAAUGCAUGCUGCGCUUCUCCCUCUCAGCCAACCGGAGGCUACGAAACCUGGCAACCAUCUUCCUUGAAGAUUACUGCACCCCUCAUCAGGUAGAGGCGGCCAAGGCCCUGACCGAACACACCGCCCUAGGGAUCCCCCUGCCAAAGGACUGAUGUGGCACGGAGGGCAGCUGGAAAGCUUUUCUUGGAAGAAGCAGCAGCCCUUGUGUUGGAAAAAGCCAGCCCUCGGGUGAGGAAAAUCAUCCCCAGAAUCUCACUUUAAAAAGAGACUCUUCAGGAACUGUUAAGCACCACGAGGCAUGCAUCCGAUGCUGUCAUUUUUAGGGGCUCCUGAAAUAUUUUGGCAUCUAGUCACAUUACACCAUGCUUUGGUGGGAGGCUAGAUUACGCCGAGGUGUCCUGCUGCCUAGCUCUCUUGGGUAAGCCAGCCUUCCAUCUGCUGGGUGGGCUUCUCACUGGCACAAGACAGCAGGAAGCCCCAAAACAGGGCAUUGCAAAGGCAAGGAGGGGCAAAGUUGAGCCAGUCCAGGAUCUGCUGGAUCCUAAGCUGGUCUUAGUACCAAGAUGCAGUGCAUUCAAGGUGAAUCUGGGCCCACUUCCUACACUGACCUGGAGAUGGUGCAGCGAUCUGGCCCAGUUCAAGCCUUACUGUUCUCGCCCCCCCCCCCCCCCGCUUUGCAGCCAAAGUGAGCUGCAAUUUUACUGAUGCAGUAUGGGCUCUAUUGCUUGGCCAAGCCCUGCCAGCAGGGUUGGGAGUUUAGAUUGCCCCUUAAGCUUGUCUUUCAUUCUACUGUAAUGAAAGUCAGUCAUUCUAUUGGAAUGAGCGUGGGAUUCCUUGCCAAUAGAAGUUCAGCAGGAAUCAGGAGAUGUACCACAAUUAUGCUUAGUUGUCUUGUUCCGUUUUGUUAUACAUCUUUAAAAAUCCCAAUGCAUUUUUACUUUCUUCCUUUUUUAUUUUUUACACUUCCUUUCUUUUUUAAGGAAGCUUGGCAGAGUUCCAUUACUGCUUUCUUUCGAUUGCCUUUGCGAACUCUGCAUUGUUCAGACAUGCUUUUGGAGUGUGAAUUUUUUUAACCAACCAGAUUUGAUUGAUGGCUUUACUGUUGUGGUGGUAUUUUGUACCGCCUUGUUAUACUUUCUGUGAAAGCGUGGUUUAUAAAUAUUUGAAUAAAGAACAGAGAUAAAA